AUGGAGGUCGACACCCCCUCCGCCUCAGCCGCCGUCGACUCGUCCGCCUCCCCUCAUCAGAAGAAGUCGAAGAAGGAGAAGAAGGAGAAGGCUGCAGCGGGAGAGGACGGGGAGAAGGACGCGCCUGUGGGAGAGUUGGCGGAGAUUGCGAAGCCUUUGGCGGUCAAGAAGACGGGGAAGCACGUCCUCAAGCUUGUCAAGAAGGCCUCCAAGUCCCGACACCUCAAGCGUGGCGUGAAAGAAGUCGUCAAGUCCAUCCGCAAGGGCGAGAAGGGCAUCGUCGUCCUUGCGGCGGACAUCUCGCCGCUUGAUAUCCUCACGCACAUCCCGCUUUUGGCCGAGGAGGCAAACUGCCCUUACAUCUGGGUAACCUCGAAAGAAUCACUCGGUCUCGCCUCGUCGACCAAGCGCCCAACCUCGUGCGUCAUGGUCGCCGAGAAGGCUGCCAAGCGCAAGGCUGGCAAGGAGGACAAUGGCGAGAAGGCGAAGGAGCUGGAGAGGGAGUUUGGGGAGGAGUUUGAGGGUGUUAAGAAGGAGGUUGAGGCGUUGGAGGUCGCCGUUCCGACAUACUAG